AACUCCCAUUGAUUGAUCUUCCCCUACACUCCCCGCUGACCAGAGAAAACACUCGAUAGCGAACGCGAGAGGGGAUUUAAAUGGGACAAAUACUGUCCACCUCACUUGACGGAUAAGGUAGAUAUCUAUUUUCUCAUGCGGUCUAACAUAAUCCGCUUUUAGCCGUGUGUAGCGGCUCUCCAAACCUCGACACGGUGCGACGUUUGCUAGCUUGUAAUGUCGGCACUGUUGGACUUGUUUUCCCCUCUAGAAUCCGCUUCCUGUUAGCCUUGGGCUAGCUGAAAAAAUAGACAUUAUGCGAAUGAACGAGUAGGUAUAGUUAAGCAUCGCAAAGGGGAAUAACUUUAUUACUUACAGCACGACACCCGUAGCAUUUUACCUACAAUUUAUUCGUAAUCUAACAACUUAUUUUCGGUGCCAGCCACAAGGGCUCCUUUAGUUUGCUAAGGCUUCGACAUUUAGCCAUCUUGCUUGUGUUUGGGGAUUUAAGUGUUUAACUUGGAAGAGCGACUUGUAUUUACUUUAGUUGAAGUUGCUUGUUAAUACAUUGGUCAGUGUGGGCCCAAAUUGCGCUUUAAAAACCAGUGAAAUGUGCCGUGGGAGAGCCUGAGUGAUCCUCUGUGGAAAGACAAUAGAGAACCUGAGACUCGCGCAGCUGUUGUGUUGUUAAACGACGGGAAAACCAAUAAUAACCAACUUGGAGAAAACAGCAUUUUGAGUGUUGUUGUUUUUGUUUUAUUACCAGCUGAUGUAACUACGAUACCAUUUGGACACUUUUGCACGUUUAAAAGUGUUUAAAUAAUUUCCGUGCAGUUGUCUGGCACACACACACACGCAGAGAGAGAGGUGGGGAGGUAGGGUGGAUGUGGUGGAUGCAGGUGGUGCUGGUGCGACACAUGAGGGGCUUCCAGGUGUCUCUUCUCUUUACAUUGAAGCUUUAAAUGCACAUUUCAGUAGCUGGUAGUGUUUAGAGGUAACAGAGUAGAUACAGAAGGACAGAAAGAGGGAGGCUAUUCCCCGUUUCUGGACGUCCAUCUCUCCAGCCUACCUCCAUCACGUUCAUCAUCUACUACCACCACCACCGCCGCCCUCCUCCUUUUCCUCCCCGGUCAUGGACCCCCCGAGGACGCGGUCUCGGUCUCGGUCUGGCUUCUAUCAUUUCGGCUUGAACGGCAACGUUGGAAGCAACGGCAGCAUUAACGCGGUGGGAAACGGGAGCAUGAUGAACGCCAGCGGGGGAGGGGUGAGCUACCCGCAGCAGAGCACUCCCGGCUGGGCGCCGCACCACGGUGGUCGCAGCUACCCGGAGACCCAGCAGCAGCAGCACGCCCAGGGGAGCUACCUGUCGGCGGGGGCGCAGCGCCACUCCUCGCACGGAGCUCACAGACACCCAGGGGCCGGAGGAGUGCUACACUUUCAUCCGGAUAAUGUGUGCAGCGACGACCGGGACAAAAUGGAAGACAGCCCAAGCCCAAAAAGGCAGCGUCUUUCCCAGCAGUCCAUGUUGGAUCUAAACUCCGCCCCUCCAUCAACCCCUUCCUCUCCCAUUCGUCCCUGGGAGCUGCCUCCCAGUCGCAGACCACACCCCCACUACAUGCCAGAGAGAUGCCACACUCCCCUUCGAAACCGACGCAGCCCUCCAAUGAGACGCCAGCGAGGCCGGAGAGACCGUCUGACACGCCAUCACCACCACACCCACAACAACCACCACCACUACAACAGCAACAAUAACCACCACCACCAUAAUCACCCCAAUGCCCACCAUCACCACCAUCACCUGCACUCCCACCACGUCCCGUCUUCAGGCCACCAGGAUGAGAACUACCGUCACCCUGCUCCACCCCAGGGUUACCUGCCCUACAGCCAGCAACCCCCCCGAGGGCCGGGACCGGGGCCGGGGCUCGGUCCUGAAGAGCGCCCAAGCCACCAUCCUCCAAACCCGUCCCCAAGGCCACUCCACCAGUCACCAAACCUGUCUCCCAGACUGCUGCACCCUGCAGCUCAUCCACAGCACCCACACCCACACCCCCACCCAUCUCAGCAGCAGAGCAGUAUGGUGCUGGACCUCCAUGAGCAGGGCUCAGUACCAGUAUCGUAUCCUGUGUCUCCUCCGGGAGCUCCACCAGGCCUGCCACCUCGCUCUGCCCCUCAGCAGAUCCCAGCAUGCUCAGUGGUCUUCAGUGGACAGCAUUAUCCUGUGUGCAGUGUCCCUCCUCCUGUGCUUCAGACAUGUUCUGUUCAGCACUUACCUAUGCCUUACCCAUUUCCAUCACUGCUGUCCAGUGACCCAACCUUCCUUAUUCCCCCUCCUCACCUUCCCCAUCCCCCAACACACUUGUCCCACCAUCCACCUCACCUGCCCCAGCCUGGACAGUUUGGACCCUAUCCCACACAGCAGGCCCGAUCGGUGAGUGGGGAUGCAUAUGUCAUGCAUUGCCUACCCUUUGUUGAUCGGCCGUUACAGAGGAUAGAGAAUGAUGUGGAGCUGCUUGGAGAACACCUGUCUCUGGGUGCUGGGCUCCACUAUCCUCCUGCCACCCACCCGGCCCUCACUCCACACUCCACACAGCUUCACUUCCUGUCCCAUGACCCCCUGCCUCAGGAGUUCUUCGGAGUGUCCUAUCCAAACUUUAUUCCUCGGCGUCUCCCAGGGCGACGGUACCGCUCACAACAGCCACUGCCACCUUCGCCUUACCACCCAAGCCUCCUGCCUUACUUCCUUUCAAUGCUGCCAGUCCAGCCCACAGGUCCUGCAAUCAGUCUGGAGCUGGAUGUAGACGAUGGAGAAGUGGAAAAUUACGAGGCCCUCCUAAACCUGGCUGAGCGUCUGGGAGAGGCCAAACUCAGAGGACUGACAAAGGGAGACAUUGAACAGCUCCCUUCCUACCGGUUCAAUCCAAAUAACCAUCAGUCUGAGCAAACACUGUGUGUGGUGUGCAUGAGUGAUUUUGAGUCCCGCCAACUGCUGCGAGUCCUGCCUUGCAGCCACGAGUUCCACGGGAAGUGUGUCGACAAGUGGCUUAGGGCCAACAGGACGUGUCCCAUUUGUCGGGCUGACGCCUCUGAAGUGCAGAGAGACUCGGAGUAACCACAUGAGGGCGCCAGACACUCCUAAUAGAUUGUCACAUUCAGCACUACCUGCUCCAUUUAUAAUGAGACACAUUUACUUGCUUACACACACACACACACCUCUUCCUUGUGUUUUUGUGCAGCACCUCCUGCUUUUUUAUGCUUUAAAUCUUUACACUUUUCCUCACAUUAACCUGAUAUUGAUUUGUUCCCGUUAUGUUACUCAAUGUCAUUUCUGUCCGUUUUUCCUGUUUACAUGGAUGCAGGCCCUCACAUAUUUUAGUAAAUGAAACUCAGCCUGAUUACCUUGGUGUAUGUGUGUGUGUACAUGUAAAGGCACCACAAGCGUUGUUUGGUCAGCCCUGUAAUGCAGUGCUGUGGUGUGUGUGUGUGUCUGUGUGUGUGCCAGUGUUAGAGAGCAAUUUUUAGAUGUCCAGCAUGCCUGAGUUCCUUUUUGUAUACCAGACGAGAGUUAAUGACAUCCAAGAGUUUUUGCUCUCUUGAGUGAGUGACUUUACUUCCUGUUUGUACGAUAAUGCACUGUCUGUAUGCAUACUCUGUGUGUGCGUGUGUGUGUUUGUGUUAUAGACUUAAAUCCUUUUCUCUAGUUUGACACUAAGGGUCCAUAUUGCCACUAUACUUUUUGGUUUCCUAUUUGAUCCAUUUGUUUCAGUAUAUUUUGAUGAUCAUUAUUACAAUUAAAUUUAUCAUUUUUUAAUAUUAUUAUUAUUAUUAUUAUAAAACCAUUAUAAGUGAUUGUUUUCCUGCCUGGCAGUUACCUCAUCAUUCCAGUUUUGGUCAUCAUUCAUCACACACGCUUCACAGCACUACUUUGAAAUAAAGCACAUGAUAUAUUUUUCUUUUCCUUACUUUUUAUAAGUAGAUAUAAGUUUGUCUAUGACUUUGCUGUGGCACAUGUUACAUAUAUACAUAUAUCUAUAUAUACUGUAUAAAUCUAUGAAUAUCUGUAUACCAAAUAAAAGGCUUGAUAUGAACUUUUUAAA